AUGGUCAGCAUGUACAAGACGUGUGGUUGCCCCAUUAAGGUUUUGGUACAAGAUACCCGUACGCCCUACUUUUGGAAUAAGAAGAAGGAAGAGAUUUUCGGAAAGAUCGCCCAUCGCCUCUCUAAAGACAAGCCUAGAGAACUCCUAGGACAGACUCUCCCUAAUUUGGCCCGCGUGUUCGACAAGGAAGCUUUACAAAGCCUCAAAGACGGUAAUCUAUGGCUUGCUGAGUGGAAUACACGCUCGGAAGCGGGCCUUGAGGAGUCGAAAAAGGCUUUUCUCCAAGACGGUACUGGGUUCAUUGAUAUCCUAGUUGAGUUCACUGAAUUGAUGCGUGCCGAAAGCCAUCUGGCCGUCUUGCUAAAAAGCUCCGGUUCUCGAUUCAGCACGAGACUCUUACUAGCAAUUGCCAAAGAUUUAAAGGAUGUUAAACCUCCGAAAUCUACCCAGCCAAUCGAACCGAAUCUUCACGAGUCGCCGGAUAAUAUUCUGAAUGCAAAUAUAGAGCACAAUAUCCCUCCCGACAGAAUUUCGGCGCUUCUUGGAGAUCACGCCGAGGCAUCCAAGAGUAACGUAUCUCAAAAGAAUAGAGCCCACAAGGCCGAAAGUAAUGUGGCCGCAAGAUGCAUCUUUGAGUUGCUGUGGGAGACUGAAUUUGAGAAGUUACCCCAUCGCAGCAAGAGCAGCGCGCGUAGAACCAAGACAAGAGACAAGAUCGUGAGCCGCUUCUUCAAAUACCUCAGCAAGACUCAACAAGACCUGGGUAAUAUCAAAAAGGGGCAUAUCCUGUUCCGGUACAAACAGAGGCUUAGGAAGUUCGUCUCGCAAGUGGGUUGCCUUAGGGACUAUCCUGAACCGGAAGAUAAUAUCAACGAGCUUCGCCUCUUCCUGUCGACAACAAUGAGCCAUUUUGCCAAGCUCCAGGAGCAAUAUAUGGAGAUGCGAGAGGAAGUUCGGAAGCAUCGUCGCUACAUCAGCGCUCUGCAAUUCCGCUACUUGCUCGAGCACUUGCCCGACCCAAAGUUAGACAGCAGUGCAGGCCCCAGAUGGGAAAAAUUCUGGAUGAACUCUCUCCAGCAUGAAGCUAACAAUAAUUCAACAACUCCACCGGCACUACCAGACCACGUACUGAAAGAUCUCGUCGACCAACGAAAUCCCACACGACUCCAAGGAGACCCUAGAAACGGACCGCGGAGCAUUCAUACCCGUGGGCAGAAGGGAUUCCUCUUUGAAAAAGGAAAUACCCUGUAUACAUCGCUGAGCGACGAGAUACAUGGAUACAGUUAUGGGGAGUUUAAAAUUGACGAUAGUGACGGCUGGGACAAAGUGACAACUGAAAUACUUCGGGCGCUAAAGCCCCUGGAUGAGAACACCAAUCGUGCCACUCUGAAGGUGGAUUGGGCUGCAGAGCGGGCAAGAUACUAUACAUGA